AGAGCCACCUGAGUCGUAGGCAUCUCAGCUGAUCAUGGGAACUCGCGGACUGCUGCUGCUGGCUUUCUGGGCUCUCCUCGGGGCUCUGGGGUUGCAGGCCCAGGCGAGGCCAGCGCCCUACGGGGUGAAGCUCUGCGGUCGGGAGUUCAUCCGCGCGGUCAUCUUCACCUGCGGGGGCUCACGAUGGCGCCGGGCGGACAUCUUGGCCCACGACUCUCUGGGAGACUUCUUCCCUGAUGGAGAAGCCAACCACCUGGCCAGCGAACUGGACGAAGCUGUGGGCUCCAGCGAGUGGCUGGCCCUAACCAAAUCCCCCCAGGCCUUCUAUGGUGGUCGAUCCAGUUGGCAAGGGUCUCCAGGAGUGGUUCGGGGCAGCAGGGAUGUGCUGGCCGGCCUUUCCAGCAGCUGCUGCGAGUGGGGCUGCAGCAAGAGCCAAAUUAGCAGCUUGUGCUAGGAUCCGGGUUGAGCGAUGGGGAAGCGGGCCGUGCCUCCAACCUGCUGCCAGCCUUGCGAUGUUCAUGAGCGUUCCUACUGGCAAGGCACUGAGGGGUCCACUGUCUCCUUUCAGACCUCCUGCCAAGACGCACACACUACACUGCGUGCCAACCAUUCCCCACCUUGCUGCCGGCCACUCCUCUAUCCAGCCAAACAGAAACUUGUUUUUAUGGCUGAGUUCUUCCCCGCCUCAACCUCACCCCCAGCUGCCCGGCAGCAACCAGAUACCCAACCACCCAAACUGGCUACAUUGAGUUCCCCUCACCCCAUCGCCCGCCCUCUAUCCGUCCCUAAUUGCCGCCACUGUCCCUAGCCAACCUGCUCCCUGCUCCUCUUCCCUUAAGUCCCCAAACCAGAGCACUCUGUUGCAGACCCCAGGACUGAAGGCGCCAGGUUCCCCAGUCCUCAGACUUCCCCACUACAUAAAAUAAAGGUUCAGUUCUGAGC